AUGACAACCACGCCGUGGCAGUCCGGCUCGCCAGCUUUCACAGCAGUUGUUGCUCGCCGAUCGCUGACCCGUCCAUCUGUACCCCCAGCCCAACCUGUAGCCCAAGCCCAGGCUCCUGUUAAGAUCGAGUGGCCUCAGCCUGUGCGCGACUUUGUUCAACGUGCCUUUGCCGACAAACCCAACGACAAUCACGCAGACGAUCUUGAAGACGGUGCCGUCGCUGCAAAGCUGAAGUCCGUCAUCACUCAAGCAGCUGAAGCAAAUCAACUCGAGAUCAUCGACUGGCCCAGCCAUCCUCUCCCACGGGAACUCCUUCGUAUUGAAAGAGCCGCCAUGAUGAGCGCCUCGAAGAAACGAAAGUCCAUGGAUGUGGACACGACCGCUGACGCUUCGUCGCCUAUCCCUCCCUGGAGAGUCAAGAACCUCUCUCUCGCCGACCGCAUCACCAACCCUAGUCCCGACAAGCGCCAGAAAAAAGCCGACCAGUUCCGUGCCACUGCCCCUCCCAGUAAGUUGAGCGAUCUCGAGAAACGAAGGCAGCGUUUCGCGCUCGGCAACCAAGGUCCCAAUUCUCCUUUCAUCUCUUCUCCUCGUGACGACUCUCCCAUGCCCGACGCCAACGAUGGUCCCUGUGUCGGCACUUCUCAAACACUCGAGAAGAACUAUUUCCGCCUCACCGCCCCUCCUAAGCCCGAAACUGUUCGUCCCCUGCACAUUCUCAAACAAACUCUCGAUCUUCUUAUUAGGAAGUGGAAAGACGAGCACAAUUACGGGUACAUUUGCGAUCAGUUCAAGUCUUUGAGACAGGAUCUCACUGUCCAACACAUCAAAAAUGAUUUCACAGUCCGCGUUUACGAGGCCCACGCACGCAUAGCUUUGGAAAAGGGGGACCUGGGUGAGUACAAUCAGUGUCAGACUCAACUUCGUACUCUAUACAAGAUGAAGUUGCGUGGUUCCCCUGGUGAAUUUUUGGCUUAUCGCAUUCUCUACACCAUCUAUACUUGUAACCGACAGACCAUGAACGAUGUUUUGGCAGAUUUAACCUCAGCAGACAAGCAGUAUCCCGCCGUCAAGCAUGCCCUGGCAGUGCGAGCCUCGUUGGCCACAGGCAAUUAUCACAGAUUCUUUAGGUUGUUCAACGAAUCGCCAAACAUGGGUGCCUACCUGAUGGACAUGUUCGUCAAUCGCGAAAGAGUGGCUGCCUUGGCCGCCAUCUGCAGAGCUUAUCGUCCCGGUGUCAAAGUCUCCUUCCUAACAGAAGAGUUAGCAUUCAUAAGUGACGAGCAAUGUGCGCAGUUUCUUUGUGAACACGGCGCACAACAUUGCUUUGAAGAAAAGCCGGAUGGCCAUCUCUUCUCUUGUCAGAAAGGAAGCCCGAUCUUUGAGACGGCCAAAAACGGUGCAUACCGUGUCGACAUCAAGGGCCAGAUAUGA